UUGACAUUUGACAAUGACAAUUUAUUAUAAAUAUUAAAUUUACAGACUCUGGAUCGCAACCCAUUUAAAAAUAUUUUCAGAGUAAUGCGGAAGUACAAUAAUAAUCAAAUCAUGACAUAUUUUAAAAUAUGUUGAUCAAACAUUUGCCUGAUAUCCUUGCAUCUCCUCUGACUCAAUGCCCUCCGGGAAUGGUUCCAUCAUUGUCUUCUUGUUACCUACGUGUAGUCAACGAAAAAAAUACAAACUACACGCUCAGCGAAACCGCUGAGUGAGAGUUUAUGGUAAGUAUUUGGGAUGAAAUAAUAUGAAUUUUGGUGAAGAAAAACAUGCCAACCCGAGGAGCUCGCCACCACUGGCGCAGUCCCGGUAUUUUGGCCAUAUCUUCUUCGUUACUUAACGAAAUCGCGAGCCGUUUGUUGGGUUGGAUUCGUAACGUCCGGGGCUACAACUUUGGUUCAAGAAGUAUUUCGAGAUAAUGGAUGGAAAAUUUCAGUUUUUACCUUGAAGUUGCUGCUGCGUUUUUGGACUCAAAAUUUGGAAACUUUGGAUGGUUUUCUUGCUCCUUCUUCUUCUUCCUUAACAUACUACCAUGGAGUUGGAGUUUUCUUUUCUUCUUCUUGUUGCUGCCGACAGAGAGAGGGAGAGAUGGAGAGGAGAAGAUGAAUGUUGAUGAUGGUGGAUGAUGGUGAAGAUUAUGAUGAUGAUGGUAGUGGUAGGGUGAUAUUACAGGGAAAAGGAAUUGGAGGUAUAUGUCUCUCCCAACCUAAUUACAAAAAGUGGAGCCGACUCUUCCUUCUUCUGGUUCGGUGCUUCAACCUUAAGGGGUACAUCGAUGGCUCCGUCGUCCCCCUCUUCUAUGACGACAACGAAUGGUUCCAACUCGACGCUCUCGUCCAGGGUUGGAUCCUCUCCACCAUCACUGAUGAGGUCUCAGAUCUGGUCAUCUCCUCUGUUUCUACUGCCUCUCUUCUCUGGAAAGUCAUCCACUACUUGUUCCACGACAACAAACAUGCCCGAGCUAUGCAGUUGGAGAAUGAAUUCCGCACGACGGUCAAGGGUAACUCAACCAUGGCAGCUUAUUGCCAACAACUGCAGAACCUUGCCGACUGGUUGGAUGAUGUCGAUGCACCAGUCUCCCAACACCAACUCGUUCUUCAAAUGCUUCGUGGUCUCCCUGCCGAUCUCCAGGCACAAACAUCAUUCAUGCAAUUUCAGGACGAGUCCCUCCACGUUUCUGCAGGUUCGAUUCGCCCUCAUGCUGCUGGAUCGACAACAAACGAGUCCCUCCGACUCGGGCACCACGGCGUUUCUCACGACCGAGCCGGCGGCAACACCAAAGGCGGCACUCACGGCGGUACUCCCGGCGGCUAUGGCGGACAGCAUGGCGGCAUAGGCUAUGGGGAAGGCAACUCCGGGCAACGUGGAGGCUAUGGACGAGGACAAGGCCGUGGCGGUGGAAAUCGGGGCAGAGGGGUCUUUGGAAGUCGCCCGGAUGCCACGAUCGCAUUGGAGUUGGUUCCCGCCGUCAAUUUCGCCGGAUUUAGCCGGAAAACGCUCCGACCCGCCGGAAACCGCCAGCUAAGAGAUGACUUGAUGACAAUGCUUAUUGCUGGCCACGAAGCUGUUCUUACUUGGGCUGUUUUUCUGCUAUCGCAAAAGUUAAAAGCCCAAACCGAGUUGAGCCCAAUCUAAUUUAUGAGGAAAAAAAAUACAGAGCUUAUCAUUUGUAUGUCCGCAGAGCCUGUGAGCGAUCUACGGAAGAACCCUAAGACCGAUUUCACUAAUUUAAGAUUGCCAGGUUGAAACCCAAGAAAUGGGUGACAAGAAGAAGGCGGGUGCAUUGUUUGUGAAGCUGGUUUCAACAGCGGGAACGGGAUUCUUCUACGUGGUGAAGAAGACAAAGAGGCUCCAAACUAGCCAGACCAAGCUCGAGUUCCGCAAGUAUGAUCCCCGUGUUAAUUCUCAUGUUCUCUUCAAGGAAGAGAAAAUGAAGUGAUUUUCAAAAACGCCCAAAAAAAACAACAAAAAAACGAAUGGGGGAUUUGGAGACAAUGGUUACUGGUUUCUUUUGUAUGUUUUGCAAGAUCGUUCUGCGCAAUUUAUUUGUUUUAUUUAUGCAAAUGGCGUUUUUCGUUUUAAACACAGCUUAUUCUAAACACUUGGCUUAUUAAGGUUGUUUACUGGUUCCUAUGGGAGAGCAGAUGAUCAUUAAGCAGACAAGUUAUGGUGACACUUUUUUUAAUACCAAAUUAAGAUCAUAUAAUAAUGUUUGUAAUUAAUGGUAUUGUUUUAG